AUGUCUAACAUUGCAUCAACUUCUCACCCUGCAAGCGAAGAACAGAGACAAGAUAUGCAGCACUCAGUGACAAGCUCUAGCAAUGCCGUAAGGUAUGCUUCUGCUUCGGACCUUUCUCAUCGUGCAAACUCACCCAAAGUUCUUGAAAGACGAAAGAAGACUAAACGCCGACGCGUGCCCGAACUGAAGAUCGUCUAUCGAACUUUACGCUUCAUUUCUGACCUGGCUCUGUCGGGUUUCUUUACAGAAGUUACUCCGUGUCAUCACAAUGAGAUUAUUGACAUUGCAACGUUGUCUGCAACCAUUCCUCAUCGCCGAAUCAUUGCAUAUUGGGCGAAAGCCUCUAUGUUCAAGAAUCCCGUGUCUCGAUCUAUCCUCCGGUCCGCGGGAGCCAUACCGGUCGCACGAGUAGCCCAGUCGCAAGUGCAACAAGACGAGAACCAACCUACGGACACUGUGGAUAGCAGGUCUAGAGAUACUGUGCCGAAAAGUUCGGGACCUAAGGGUAGCUCGAAUGGUCAGCAAGCUCUCUUUGAUGCGACCUACAGAGAACUGGCAAAACCGGAGGGUGGGGGUGGUGUACUUGGCGUUUUCCCUGAGGGGACGUCAUACACUAUGCCGCGUAUUGUACAGGUCAAGGAAGGAGCUGCUCGGGCUGCGCUUGGUUAUAUGCAAUGGUGGCAGGAGCGCAACGGUGAUAACGGAAGCUCAGAAAUUCCAGUGAGCGUUGUCCCGGUUGGUAUUGUAUACACAGAUAAAUCGCGCUAUAGAAGUCGUUUAUUCGUGCGAUAUGGGACUCCAAUUGAUUUACGUCCAUUCGUCAAGCGCGCCAUUGCAGAGAAUAACGGUGGUACUGAAGAUAAUACCGAAAGGUACCACACCGCGAUACGCGAGGUCACGGCGGUUAUCAAAAAAGGGAUGCUCGAGUUGACUAUAAAUGCAUCUGAUUGGGAUACGUUAUACGCCACACAGACUGCUCGAGCGAUCCUCUGGACAAAUGAUCGUGACCUGCAGUUACAAGACUUUGUUAAAGCUUCAAAGACCCUUGUCAGAAUUUUUGAACCGCCAUCAACGACAUUGAUUGACCUCAGGCAAUCCCUUCUGGAUUACCAUGCAUUAUCAUACCAUACAGGCUUGUCGCAUGCUGCACUUGCACAUGUCCCCUUUCCUCCACCCCCUUCUCCGUCUUCAGCUCCUAUCCGCACCUCAGGCAGAACAGUCCUUACAACUCCGUCCCUAAUCAAACUAAUUGCGCAGUUACCUCCAUUUCUCGCGCCUGCGUUACUCUCGCUGCCUACGCAUAUCGCCCAUGUACCAGCUUACGCCUUUGGAGCACUUUCAUCUCGACUACUCGCUGGUGAAGAAGAGGAAGCGCGCGCACAGUAUAAAGUCCUUAUUGGUGGUGCGGGACGCGUUAUUGGAACGGUUGCGUCAGGAUUUGUGCUUAUACGCUCAGUAUCGGGUAGGUCACUCGUAAAAACAACAGCGAAAGCAGCAGUAGAGAUGUCAAAAUCUGCUUUCGGGAUGGUAGGGCGAGCUUUGUCAGUUAUUUUUCCCGGGUGUGGAGGAGCCGCCUUAGAGGAGGCGAAGGAAAAUUAUCUUUCACUUGCAGAGUUUGCUUUAGAAAUCGUUAAACAACGCUGGGCGAAACUUGGCGAAUUUGGGAAUGUGAUAAGCAUUCUUGGUGUUGCAUGGCUACUUUGCGUGUGGCAUAAUCGUGUCAUAGAUGCAAACUAUAUGAGAUAUAAGCGCGUCCGUGCAACGCUCGCUAUCCUCAGAGCUGUCCUCUUCUCGCGUCGUGCGGAAGAUGUGAAGAAAGACGACUUGAAGCCAUACCUUACGACCCCACCACCACCUUUGAACCCAUACAUUGCCAAGUCCCUCCAAACUGCUCCAAAGGAUGCAAUCGCGAGCCCACCAGUCGACUUGAACCUUGGCGGAGCGGAAUCUACCUCUGAUCCCCUUGCUGGAAGGAGUCUCAGUCGAAGGGUUGCGAAGUCGGUUCUUGUGCGACAGCUCCUACUGGCUCGGGCGACAGCAGUACAGAAAUUGUCUUCGACGCUUCGUGAACUCGAAACCCAGGCAGAGAGUGUAGAUGUCGAGGACAGAUUGAGUGGAGAAGGCCGAUCCGGGCUGACCGAAAAGGAGGGACGAUGGAAGAAGGGUAUCGCAGGGGAAUUGCAGAUUCUACGCGAUUGUGGUGCUGAGUUUUAAUGUCGUCUGUGAAGGCAGAUAAAUGCUCGCCUUUCUUCCGCGCUAUUUGUUCAGUCGACGUACAGAGAGUCAUUAUUCCUUGACCACUCCUAGACUGUACCUUGAUU